AUGCCACAACAACACGAAGCAGAACAACAACAGGACGAAUUGUCAUCGGCCUCCUCUCCACAAUCAUCAUCAUCAGCCUCCUCUUCCACUAAGAAACAAACCAAGAAGACCUCUAAAAGACGACCACUCAAAAAGUCUUCAGCUGCUUCUUCUUCUUCGGCAUCAUCAACGACCGAAUCUACUCCACAAGAUGACACUGACCACACCAACAACGAGCUCACAUCCACUAACGCCUCCUCAGAAACAACUAAUACAGCUUCUCUCAACAACAAUAGACAAUGGGUUAAAGAUGAGUCCUUCCAAAACCAACAAACAGCAGCCUAUUCCAUCCUUGUUGGUAUUACGACUCGUGAUGAAUCCGAGCCUGUCUAUGAUACUCCCUGCAAAAUGUACUCAUCUCUCAGAUAUAAACUCCAAUAUAAGUGUACGGUGAAUAUGGACGCAUGUCAUGACUUGAAAGAGAGUCCCAAACUUUUAAUGUGCCGUGUUACAGUCAUUGAUGAAGAUACUGCGAAGGAAAUUAAGAAGGAUGGAAAGGCCAUCAUUGACGAUUCUCUCAUCUCUCUCAAGCAAACCUCAUCUGGAGGUGCUCUCUCCUUUGAAGCUACCCACAAAAUCAAGUUUAAAGACGUGAGUUUCCAUUAUAAUAAGAGCAAAUGGAGACUCUUGCUUCAAUUAUAUUCCGAUGCUCAUGGUUCUAUUAGCACACCUGUGGUUGUACUCAAAUCGGCAGGCUUCCUGGUCUAUGCUCGAAGACCUAAGGUCUCAGAACGGGGAGCCUCCGAUGGUCUAUUAACAUCGGGAAUGAAUGCACCUACUUCGUCCAACGCAAGUACUUCUUCUGGUACUGCUGCUGCCAAUGGUUCAACCGAUGUCACCUCUCAUCACGAUGAAAGCUCAGUAACAGGAGCUCAUGUCGUGGCCAGUGCUCUACUCAACCAAGCAUCUGGAGAUAAAAAGAAGAAAAAGAAGGGGGCUGCUCACAUGGAUUUGAAGAAGAGAAAACGUUCCACUUCCAUGGCUGGUAACACUACUGUUCCAUUAAAGAUUGAGAAAAAACAAGAGCCUUCCAAGUUGUUGACAGCUUCCAAUGGUGAAGAUACCCUCAAUGCUCAACAACAUGGUUCUGAUCAAGUUUCUGCUACAACCACUGAAAAUGCACCAGUUGCUUCAUCCUCACCAAAGACCCUUAAACAAAAGAAAAAACUCAUGGACAAAUUCUCAAAUACCUUAGAUACAUUGCUCAAGUUGCAUGACGAAAUGGAUCCCAAUGACAAGACCAUUGCUUUUGAAUUAUUGCAACAAAAGUUGUAUUCACACUUUUAUUCAAACUUGGUGGAGCAACAACAACAUUGGAUUCAAAUGACUCAAAUGCCUUCUCCUGAAAAUGGUGACAUGGAUCAUUCGUCUCAUCAUGCUCAUCACGACGAGAAUGGUGGUAUUCAUAUUGAUGAUCAUCACCAAAUUGAGGAUUCCAACGCCACCAUUCUUCAGGCUGGAAGUGCUGACGAUAUUGAGCAUGAUUCAUUCAGUUGUGCUCACCAAAAUCAACAUCAUGCAUUCCCAACUCAUGGAGAUACUCAACAACACAAUUCUUGUCAUGACUCUGGUCUUUUCUUGUCACUCUGCGAAAUUGGUUCUCAUCAUAGCCACAAUCAUCAAAUGAGCACUAGUUUGUCUUUUGAGACUGAGAGCAUUUUGGCAUCAUCAGAUUUCCAUCCUUUAUUCAAUUAA